GCUGGGCAGGGGCCAUGGAGCUGCCCAAGCUGAACCGGAGCUGGCUGGGAUCGCCAACCGGACCCGGGCCCGGGGCUCCCCUGUGCCGCCCCGGGGCGCUCCUCAACAGCAGCGGGACCGGCAACCUCAGCUGUGAGCCUCCCCGCAUCCGCGGAGCUGGAACGCGAGAGCUGGAGCUGGCCAUUAGGAUCACCCUCUAUGCAGUGAUCUUUCUGAUGAGUGUGGGAGGAAACAUGCUCAUCAUCGUCGUCCUGGGACUGAGCCGCCGCCUGAGGACCGUCACCAACGCCUUCCUGCUGUCCCUGGCGGUCAGCGACCUCCUGCUGGCUGUGGCCUGCAUGCCCUUCACCCUUCUGCCCAACCUCAUGGGCACGUUCAUCUUUGGCACGGUUGUCUGCAAGGCGGUUUCCUACCUCAUGGGGGUGUCUGUGAGUGUGUCCACGCUGAGCCUGGUGGCCAUCGCGCUGGAGCGGUACAGCGCCAUCUGCCGGCCUCUGCAGGCGCGCGUGUGGCAGACGCGCUCCCACGCGGCCCGCGUGAUCGUAGCCACGUGGAUCCUGUCGGGACUGCUCAUGGUGCCCUACCCGGUGUACACCAGCGUGCAGCCCGCGGGGCCCCGGGUGCUGCAGUGCGUGCAUCGCUGGCCCAGUGCGCGGAUUCGACAAACCUGGUCGGUGCUGCUGCUGCUGCUGCUCUUCUUCGUCCCGGGCGUGGUCAUGGCGGUGGCCUACGGGCUUAUCUCCCGCGAGCUCUACUUAGGGCUUCGCUUUGACAGUGACAGUGACACCGAUAGCCAGAGCCGAGUUGGAAACCCAAGAGGGCUGCCAGGUGCUGCCCACGCGAACGGGCACUGCGGGUCGGAGGCGGGGCUGGCAGGUGAGGACGGCGACGGCUGCUACGUGCAGCUCCCGCGCUCGCGCCCCGCCCUGGAGCUGUCGGCGCUGACCGCGCCCACCCCCGGGCAGGGGUCGGGCCAGCGGCCCAUCCAGGCCAAGCUGCUGGCUAAGAAGCGAGUGGUGCGGAUGUUGCUGGUGAUCGUUGUGCUUUUUUUCCUAUGCUGGUUGCCCGUUUAUAGCGCCAACACUUGGCGCGCCUUCGAUGGCCCCGGAGCGCAUCGAGCGCUUUCGGGCGCACCCAUCUCCUUCAUCCACCUGCUGAGCUACGCCUCGGCCUGCGUCAACCCCCUGGUCUACUGUUUCAUGCACCGUCGCUUUCGCCAGGCCUGUCUCGACACGUGCGUGCGCUGCUGCCCUCGACCUCCACGAGCCCGCCCCAGGCCGCUUCCGGAGGAGGACCCUCCCACGCCCUCCAUCGCUUCCCUGUCCAGGCUGAGCUACACCACCAUCAGCACCCUGGGGCCCGGCUGAGGCGUGGAGGGGGAGCAGGGGCUGAGGCGGGAUAGACCGAGUCCAAACACACACCCUCCAGACACUAAGAGAUACAGACUAAGACUGACCCGCGGGACUGUCACCAACAAGAUGGACUCACUCCCAUGCACAGGAGGUGGCUUGUCCAGCACAAAGGAAACAAGCAGGACACCAUCACAGGACACAGGCACGCUCUGGGUAUGGGGCUGAGCCUGACACUUGGAAACCUGGCACUGACCUCGGACACACAUGCAGUGUCCCUGGCAAUGGAAGCUCUGACGGGGCUGUCCUGCCUCGCACACACUUAGAAUAAGGCACUGAUUCUGCUGGGGCUAGGGCCCAGCAUGGGGCUGCCUCCUGAGAGGCUGCAGGCUGUGCCCAGUCUGACCUCACAGUGUCCUUCCCCAAUCAGCACUGGAAACACCAACCUGCCUAAUCACACACUUCCUGCCCAGCAGGCUGUAUUGCACUGAAAAGUCCCUUUAUUCUUUUCCAGGUAAAUACUACAGCCCUGCCCCCUCCUCCCUCAGACAACCUCUACAAGAAAUAAUAAAUGACUUGGUU